CACCAUCCAACCUCCAACCUCAAUCAACACCAGUCUCCUAACCCUCACGAUGGCUAAUCUGGCUAAACUCUCCAAUCUCGAACCUACAUAAGAACCUCUCUCCAUCACCAUCCAAUUCCUUAAACCAUAUCCGUCACCCAAAACCAAAAGCCAAGAUGUCCUCCGAACCCCUCGUAACCCACAUCUUCACGGCCGACCCCUCGGCGCACGUCUUCAACGGCCGAAUCUACGUCUACCCUUCGCAUGACAUCGCGACUCCCAUCCAAGACAACGACAAUGGCGACCAAUACGCCAUGACCGACUACCACGUGCUAUCCAUGGACGCGGUCGGCUCGCCCGUCACGGACCAUGGGGUCGUUCUCUCCCUCGAAGAUGUUCCCUGGGCGGGCAAGCAGCUCUGGGCUCCGGACGCUGCGGAGAAGAAUGGGAAGUUUUAUCUGUUUUUCCCGGCGCGGGAUACGGAGGGUGUGUUUCGGAUUGGGGUCGCGGUGGGGGAUAAGCCAGAGGGGCCGUUUAAGCCGGAAGAGAAGCCGAUUGAGGGGAGUUAUAGUAUUGAUCCGGCGAGUUUUGUGGAUGAGGAUGGGGAGGCGUAUUUGUAUUUUGGGGGGAUUUGGGGUGGCCAAUUACAAUGUUGGACCACAGGAAAAUUCGACAAAGAAGCAUACACCAACAUGGAAGCGCAAUCUGGUCCCGCUCUCCUGCCACGCGUAGCCAAACUCUCCUCAGACAUGCUCUCCUUCACCUCCCCACCCACCGAGCUCGAGAUCCUCGAUCCCGUGACCAAGAAACCGCUAGAUUCAUCUGAUCACGAUAGACGGUUCUUUGAAGCUGCAUGGAUGCACAAAUAUAACGGCAAAUACUAUUUUUCGUACUCUACUGGAGAUACGCAUUAUCUCGCCUACGCAGUUGGAGAUAGUCCUGUGGGUCCGUUCACGUAUGGAGGGAAGAUAUUGGAGCCUGUGCAAGGGUGGACGACGCAUCAUAGUAUUGUGGAGCAUGACGGGAGGUGGUGGUUGUUUCAUCAUGAUACAAGUAUGAGUGGGAAGAAUCACUUGAGAUGUGUGAAGGUUAGGGAGAUCUUUUAUGAUAAGGAGGGAAAGAUUGUAUUGACUCCGGAGUGAAUAUUUGCAUAACCAUGAAAAUAAGAUUUUGUUCCGGCCAAGGCGACGCUUGAAGCACAAAGCCAAGAUAUUCAAGUUUCAGCAGCUGGCAG